UCUCUCAGCAUCUUCCUGAGAGCCUGUAGGUGAAGCGGCACCAGCAGUAUCCAUGGCCUGCCGAUGGGGUUAACGUUUGUCUCCUUUGGCUUCAGCAGCUAACAGAGCAGACGUCGAAAGCUGCGUAGUGAGGACUUAAGUGGGACCUGGAAUCGUAUCCUCUUGUGAUUUUUCAGACUCCUUGGAAAUUAAGGAAUGCAAUUCUGCCACCAUGAUGGAAGGAUUGAAGAAACGUACAAGGAAAGCUUUUGGAAUACGGAAGAAAGAAAAAGAUACUGAUUCAACAGGUUCACCAGACAGAGAUGGAAUUCAGCCCAGCCCACAUGAACCACCCUACAAUAGCAAAGCAGAGUGUGCGCGUGAAGGAGGAAAAAAAGUUUCGAAGAAAAGCAAUGGGGCACCAAAUGGAUUUUAUGCAGAGAUUGACUGGGAAAGAUACAAUUCACCUGAGCUGGAUGAAGAAGGAUACAGCAUUAGACCUGAAGAACCUGGCUCUACCAAAGGAAAGCACUUUUAUUCUUCAAGUGAAUCGGAAGAGGAAGAAGAAUCCCACAAGAAAUUUAAUAUCAAGAUAAAGCCAUUGCAAUCAAAAGACAUUCUCAAGAAUGCUGCAACCGUAGAUGAACUGAAGGCAUCAAUAGGCAACAUUGCUCUCUCUCCAUCACCAGUGAGGAAAAGCCCGAGGCGCAGCCCGGGUGCAAUUAAAAGGAACUUAUCCAGUGAAGAAGUUGCAAGACCUAGACGUUCCACACCCACUCCAGAACUUGUAAGCAAAAAGCCUCCAGAUGACACUGUGGCCCUUGCUCCCCUCUUUGGCCCACCAUUAGAAUCAGCUUUUGAUGAACAGAAGACAGAAGGUUUUUUAGAUCAGCCUGAGAUAUGGGGUUCGGGCCAACCAGUUAAUGCAAACAUAGAGUCGCCAAAGUUAACAAGACCAUUUCCCACUGGAACACCUCCACCACUGCCUCCUAAAAAUAUACCAGCCACCCCUCCCCGAACAGGCUCCCCCUUGACAGUUGGACCAGGAAAUGACCCGUCAGCUACAGAGGUCAAAAUUGAAAAGCUACCAUCAAUCAAUGAUUUGGACAGCAUUUUCGGCCCAGUAUUGUCCCCCAAGUCUGUUGCUUUUAAUGCUGAAGAAAAGUGGGUCCAUUUUUCUGACACAUCUCCGGAACAUGUUACUCCAGAGUUGACUCCAAGGGAAAAAGUGAUGUCCCCACCAGCGACAUCAGAAAGCCCAGCGGAGUCCCCAACUCCAGGCCCUCCUGUGUCCCAGAGCCUCCCAGGGCCACCAGGCCCUCCUGGCCCUCUGGGUCCUCCUCGCAAUGUACCAUCGCCACUCAAUCUAGAAGAAGUCCAGAAGAAAGUUGCUGAGCAGACUUUCAUUAAAGAUGAUUACUUAGAAACAAUCUCAUCUCCUAAAGAUUUUGGGUUGGGACAGAGAGCAACUCCACCUCCCCCACCACCACCCACCUACAGGACUGUGGUUUCGUCCCCUGGACCUGGCUCCAGCGGUGGUACGGGGACUGCCAGUGGUGCAUCAUCCCCUGCUCGACCAGCCACUCCCUUGGUUCCGUGCAGCAGCACUACCCCACCUCCACCUCCUCCCCGGCCUCCGUCUCGGCCAAAGCUGCCUCCAGGGAAGCCUGGAGUCGGAGAUGUGUCUAGACCUUUUAGCCCUCCUAUACACUCUUCCAGCCCUCCUCCGAUAGCGCCCCUUGCCCGGGCUGAAAGCACUUCUUCAAUAUCGUCGACCAAUUCCUUGAGUGCAGCCACCACUCCUACAGUUGAGAAUGAACAGCCUUCCCUCGUUUGGUUUGACAGAGGAAAGUUUUAUUUGACUUUUGAAGGUUCUUCCAGAGGACCAAGCCCCCUCACUAUGGGAGCCCAGGACACCCUCCCUGUUGCCGCAGCAUUUACAGAAACAGUCAAUGCCUACUUCAAAGGAGCAGAUCCAAGCAAAUGCAUCGUCAAAAUCACUGGAGAAAUGGUCUUGUCCUUUCCUGCCGGCAUCACCAGACACUUCGCCAACAACCCAUCCCCAGCUGCUCUGACAUUUCGGGUGGUGAAUUUUAGCAGGUUAGAACACGUUCUGCCAAAUCCCCAACUUCUCUGCUGUGAUAAUACCCAAAGUGAUGCCAAUAACAAGGAAUUCUGGGUAAAUAUGCCAAAUUUGAUGACUCAUCUAAAGAAAGUAUCUGAACAAAAACCCCAAGCUACUUAUUAUAAUGUGGACAUGCUCAAAUAUCAGGUAUCUGCCCAGGGUAUUCAGUCCACACCUCUGAACCUGGCAGUGAACUGGCGCUGCGAGCCUGCCAGCACAGACCUACGGAUAGAUUACAAAUACAAUACAGAUGCGAUGACGACGGCUGUGGCCCUCAACAACGUGCAGUUUCUGGUCCCCAUAGAUGGAGGAGUCACCAAGCUUCAGGCUGUGCUCCCUCCAGCAGUCUGGAAUGCUGAACAGCAGAGGAUAUUGUGGAAGAUUCCUGAUAUCUCUCAGAAGUCUGAAAAUGGAGGAGUAGGUUCUUUGUUGGCGAGGUUCCAGUUAUCUGAUGGUCCAAGCAAACCUUCCCCAUUGGUUGUGCAGUUCACAAGUGAAGGAAGCACCCUUUCUGGCUGUGAUAUUGAACUAGUUGGAGCAGGAUAUCGAUUUUCACUCAUCAAGAAAAGAUUUGCUGCAGGAAAGUACUUGGCAGAUAACUAAUAAAAUGUUAUGCAAAGAUUCAGAAGAUUCCUGUAACAGAGGACUGUCAUAUAAGAACCAGGUUUUCCUUUUGGUUUGAUGAAAACAAACCAAAUUCUGCACUUGGGAUAUAGCUGCUGGAAACAUGAAAGACUUUCAGCAAUGGUUUCCCUCAUCCAAUACCAUGACAACCAGUCAUACAGUAUUUACUUCUAGGUGUAAUAUUGUUAAUGGUUUUAAAAUGUAAUUAUUGUAUUUGUAAAUUGUACUCAUUCCAGUAAGACAGUUAGAUACUUGAGUUUUAGCAUUUUACCAUUCCUGAAAUGGAUGUAAUUUAAACUGUGGUAUGUAAAUUUAAUCGUAGUACUGUUGAAUGGCACAAUGCUUACAGAGGUAGAUUGCAUUUUGUCAAUAUAUAAAAUUUAAAUAUAAUAUUGAUAGUUGUCAUAAAGGGGGUGCCACAUACAAAGAAAAUUAAGUGGAACCAGAAAACAAAAUCUUAACAUUUUAUUCAGUCCUUAGUAUGUCUUACUCUAGUGCUAAAUAAAACUUCUAUCUUCAAAUGUUUAGUGGGUUUAAAUUCAGAAACUUUCAGAAAAAAAAUUCUAAGGUUACAGCAUAUUCAAAGAGAAGCAUUACCACUUUUUAAAACGCUUUUUUUUCAACUGCAAAUUUCAUAAAAAUGCAAACUGUGUAAACAGGGCCUCUUAUUUUUAUAACUUGUGUAAAAAGGGAAAGCAAUUCAUAUUUAAAGUUUAAGUAUAUGAAAUUAUAAUCAAGAGAAAAGAAGAUGCUGGAAUCUUAACUACAUCUCCCUUUCUUUACAGCUUAGCAGAUGUGGAGAUUAAUGAAUUAAUAGCCUAAAACCAAAACUGGGAUUUUUAAGAUUUCAAGAUUUCAGUAGCCACACAGGUUAACAAUUUUUGCACCAUCUCUCUUAAUUAAUGGCUAUUCUCAUCCAACACAAAAGAAUAAUACUUCAUGUGUCACUCUUCUCCCAGAGGUCUCAAAAUACUGAAAGCAAGAGUCUCAAGAGAGAAAAAAAAAAUUAGUCCUCUGGUUAGAUACAAUAGGAUAAUUUUAAUUGUCAUCAUUUAUAUAAAUUGAGAGAGAAAACAAAAAACUUUAUUAAUUAAUUCUAUCCACAUGUAUUGUGCAAUAAACUUCAUAUUGGAUAAACAAUAUUUUUUAUUAAUCUCCAUUGUUUCUAAUUGUAAAUCUGCCAUUCUUGGGGAAUCAAGGAAAGAGUUCUUAGAAAAUUAUGUUAUGAUUUCGCUGUUGCAAUGCAAAACAAAAACUGUAAUCACUCUGUCCAUGUCCUUGAAGAGAUGUUCAGAGAGAAGUAUUUCUCCAGGGUCCCAGUUGUGAAACCUUCCUACCUUCACAUCUGGAAACAUUAGUCUUCCUUUAAUCAUGGAACAUAUUAUGAACAUAAACAAAUUCCUGUUUCAGGUUACGCUAUUAAGUAACUGGAUUUCAUU